AUGCCGCUGGUUAAAAGAUGCAUCGAGCCCAGGCACCUGUGCCGUGGAGCCGUGCCGGACGGGGUCACCAGCGAGCUGGAGUGUGUCACUAACAGCACCCUGGCAGCCAUCAUCAAACAGCUGGGGGGCCUGAGUAAGUCUACACACCUGACUGACUGACUGACUGACUGACUGACUGACUGACUAAAUGACUGACUGACUGCUGACUGACUGAGUGACUGCUGACUGACUAUCUGCUUACACGACUGACUGCUAACUGACUGGCUGACUAACUGACUGACUGCUGACUGGCUGCUGACUGACUGGUUGACUGACUGGCUGACUGCUGACUGACUAACUGACUGACUUACUGCUGACUGACUAACUGACAUACUGACUGCUGACUGGCUGCUGAUUGACUGACUGGCUGGCUGACUGAUUGACUACCUGACUAACUGACUGACUAGCUGACUGACUGACAUACUGACUGCUGACUGGCUGACUGACUGACUGGCUGACUUCUGACUGUGACUGGCUGACUUCUGACUGACUGACUAACUGACUGCUGGCUGACUGCUGACUGAUUGACUAACAGAUUGACUAACUGACUGACUGACUGACUAGCAGACUGACUGACUAACUGGCUGACGGACUACCUGACUGACUACCUGACUAGCUGACUGACUGACUAACUGGCUGCUGACUGACUGACUAGCUGACUGACUGACUGACUGACUGACUAGCUGACUGACUGACUGACUGACUGACUGACUGACUGACUGACUGACUAGCUGACUGACUAACUGACUGGCUGCUGACUGACUGACUAACAGAUUGACUGACUGACUGCUGAAGGGAAAUGGGAUAGGGGCUCCUCUUACUGUAGAUUAAAUCUUAACCAAACUAUUUCAGACAGUAUUUUUGAACAUGUACUGUAUGGGUUAUUUUAAAGGUACAUUCUCACUGCCCUGCUCUGUCCCCUAUGUCUAUGCAUGGUGUGUGUGAUUUGUGAAUGCAGGUCGACAUGCAGAGGACAUCUUUGGAGAGCUUUUCAACGAGGCCAACAGCUUCUACAUGAGAAUGAACAGCCUCCAGGAAAGAGUGGACCUGCUGGCUGUCAAAGUCACCCAGCUGGACUCCACUGUGGAGGAGGGUAGGUGGUGGCAGCGGGGGGAAGGGUUCACAUCUGGGGGGUAAGAGGGGUAAUUUAUCUGCUGAGCAUCAUACAGGACAUGCUAUAGCAUGAUCAUUCCCAGGACAACGUACAGCACAGCAUAUGGUAUGAGAGCGUGAAUGAGCAUCAAAUGAAGAGCACCAUGGUAAUUAGCGCAGUAAAACACACGGUUGCAUAACGCUUAAUGCUUGGGCUUCACCAGGGCUGAGGGCCCAACAGCUGAGUCCCAGACUCCCUGCUGCUCCAAUCACCAAUACACUGGUUGUCAUUAUACAGGCUGGGAUACACUGGAGACUGUAUGUGCAUCCUGAAGAGUCUGCUCACUAUAAUCCUGACCCUAUAUUUCAGAGGAAGCAUUGAUACAGUGCCUUGCAAAAGUAUUCAUCCCCCUUGGCGUUUUUUCCUAUUUUGUUGCAUUACAACCUGUAAUUUAAAUGGAUUUCUAUUUGUAUUUCAUGUAAUGGACAUACACAAAAUAGUCCAAAUUGGUAAAGUGGAAUGAAAAAAAUAACUUGGUUCAAAAAAUUCUACAAAAUAAAUAACGGAAAAGUGGUGCGUGCAUAUGUAUUCACCCCCUUUGCUAUGAAGCUCCUAAAUAAGAUCUGGUGCAACCAAUUACCUUCAGAAGUCACAUAAUGAGUUAAAUAAAGUCCACCUGUGUGCAAUCUAAGUGUCACAUCAUCUGUCAGUAUAUACACACCUGUUCUGAAAGGCCCCAGAGUCUGCAACACCACUAAGCAAGGGGCACCACCAAGCAAGCGGCACCAUGAAGACCAAGGAGCUCUCCAAACAGGUCAGGGGCAAAGUUGUGGAGAAGUACAGAUCAGGGUUGGGUUAUAAAAAAAUAUCUGAAACUUUGAACAUCCCACGGAGCACCAUUAAAUCCAUUAUUCAAAUAUGGCACCACAACAAACCUGCCAAGAGAGGGCCGCCCACCAAAACUCACGGACCAGGCAAGGAGGGCAUUAAUCAAAGAGGCAACAAAGAGACAAAAGAUAACCCUGAAGGAGCUGCAAAGCUCCACAGCGGAGAUUGGAGUAUCUGUCCAUAGGACCACUUUAAGCCGUACACUCCACAGAGCUGGGCUUUACGGAAGAGUGGCCAGAAAAAAGCCAUUGCUUAAAGAAAAAAAUAAGCAAACACGUUUGGUGUUCGCCAAAAGCCAUGUGGGAGACUCCCCAAACAUAUGGAAGAAGGUACUCUGGUCAGAUGAGACUAAAAUUGAGCUUUUUGGCCAUCAAGGAAAACGCUAUGUCUGGUGCAAACCCAACACCUUUCAUCACCCCGAGAACACCAUCCCCAUGGUGGUGGCAGCAUCAGGCUGUGGGGAUGUUUUUCAUCUGCAAGGACUGGGAAACUGGUCAGAAUUGAAGGAAUGAUGGAUGGCGCUAAAUACAGGGAAAUUCUUGAGAUUAACCUGUUUCAGUCUUCCAGAGAUUUGAGACUGGGACGGAGGUUCAUCUUCCAGCAGGACAAUGACCCUAAGCAUACUGCUAAAGCAACACUACAAUUGAGAAUCUGUGGUAUGACUUUAAGAUUGCUGUACACCAGCGGAACCCAUCCAACUUGAAGGAGCUGGAGCAGUUUUGCCUUGAAGAAUGGGCAAAAAUCCCAGUGGCUAGAUGUGCCAAGUUUAUAGAGACAUACCCCAAGAGACUUGCAGCUGUAAUUGCUCUACAAAUAUUUUGACUCUGGGGGGGUGAAUAGUUAUGCACGCUCAAGUUUUCUGUUUUCUGUUUUUUGUCUUAUUUCUUGUUUGUUUCACGUCUUCAAAGUGGUAGGCAUGUUGUGUAAAUCAAAUGAUACAAACUCCCCAAAAAUCCAUUUUAAUUCUAGGUUGUAAGGCAAAAAAAUUGAAGAAAUGCCAAGGGGGGUGAAUACUUUCGCAAGCCACUGUACACCACUAAUAAAUGUGGUUUGUUUUCAUGUUAUUGAACAUUCCACACUUGUAAACUUCCUGGGUUGCCAUGGCACUUCAUUCAUAGCUGCCAAUGAAUCAGUGUUGUAGUGUUCAUUCAUUGUGUUGAUCCUUGGCAUUCUGGUCCCAGUUUCGCUGCAGGACAUCAACAUGAGGAAGGCCUUCAAGAGCUCCACCAUCCAAGACCAGCAGGUGGUGUCCAGGAACUCCAUCCUCAACCCUGUCAUGGAGAUGUACCAUCGCUGUGACAAACCUCCACCCCUCAACAUCCUCAGCCCCUACAGGUCAGCCCUCAGCCAAUCACAUUACGACUUACUGAACCCCACUUUAGUCAUUGCACUUAUCCUUUUACGUUGAGGUACAAGGUACAUAAUUAAGCAUUGGGGAUGUGCAAUUUAUGUGUAUUAUAACAUAAGAGUUAUAAAGUAUAUAAAGUCCCGUGUAGCUCAGUUGGUAGAGCAUGGCGCUUGCAACGCCAGGGUUGUGGGUUCGUUUCCCAUGGGGGGCCAGUAUGAAAAUGUAUGCACUCACUAACUGUAAGUCGCUCUGGAUAAGAGCGUCUGCUAAAUGACUAAAAUGUAAAAUGUAAAGUAUAGGUGUCAAUUGCAUUGCCGAGGCCAGUGUCUCAGGUCAGGAUGUGUUGUUGUCAUACAGGGAUGACAAAAAGGAUGGCCUGAAGUUCUACACAGACCCGUCCUAUUUCUUUAAUCUGUGGAAGGAGAAGAUGAUCCAAGCAACAGAAAACAAGCGGAAGGAGAAGAGGCGGCAGAAGGCGGGUGACAAGGUGAGUGAGUUUGUGUGUAUGUGUGCGUGCACAUGUGUUUUAUGUGUGUCUGUGAUGAAUCACUACUCUCUCACAUUUUUUUCUCUCUCUCUCUCUCUCUCUCUCUCUCUCUCUCUCUCUCUCUCUCUCUCUCUCUAUCUCUCUCUCUCUCUCUCUCUCUCUCUCUCUCUCUGACUCUCUCUCUCUCUCUCUCAGUCUAAUUCAAUUUAAGAGCUUUAUUGGCAUGGGAAACAUAUGUUAACAUUGCCAAAGCAAGUGAAGUAGAUAGUAAACAAAAGUGAAAUAAACAAUAAAUAUUAACAGUAAACAUUACACUCAGAAGUUCCAAAAGAAUAAAUACAUACAAAUGUCAUAUUAUGUCUAUAUAUAGUGUUGUAACAAUGUGCAAAUAGUUAAAGUACAAAUGGCAAAAUAAAUAAACAUAAAUAUGGGUUGUAUUUAAAAUGGUGUAUGUUCUUCACUGGUUGCCCAUUUCUUGUGGCAACAGGUCACAAAUCUUGCUGCUGUGAUGGCACACUGUGGUAUUUCACUCAGUAGAUAAGGGAGUUUAUCAAAAUUGGCUUUGUUUUCUAAUUGUUUGUGGAUCUCUGUAAUCUGAGGGAAAUAUGUGUUUCUAAUAUGGUCAUACAUUUGGCAGGAGGUUAGGAAGUGCUGCUCAGUUUCCACCUCAUUUUGUGAGCAGUGUGCACAUAGCCUCUCUCUCUCUAUGUAUCUCUCUGUCUCUGUCUCUCUCUCUCUUGUUAUGACUGUUGGCAGUUUUUUCCCUCUCAGACACUCUCUCCUUCCCACCACCAUUUGACAUCAGGCCUGUCAGGAUUAGCUCAUUGCUCUUUUUAGACUGUCUGUGCAAAAGCCUCCUAAGCCUGGUGAUGUGGACGUGUGUUUAGACAGACGGAGAGCAUGGGAAGGAAAGAGAGAGAGAGAAAGAGAAGAGAGAGAGAAAGAUCGAAUCAGAGAAAGAUAGAAAGAGAGAAAGAGAGAAAGAGGGCUAAGGGAGUGAGCAAGAGAGGAAACAUGGUUAGUGAAUAGCCUUGUCUUAUGUGUUUAGCAAGAUGAACAAAACCUCUUACUAACGCUACUAAGAUAUAUAUCUUAAAUUGACAAGGGGCUCUAUUCGAUCUGUAACGCUAAAGCGUUACGACUAGCGUGCUAGAAAUGUAAAGAUAAUUUCCUAUUGAGCCGUCAUCUGCAGCGUUUACCAUGAAUGCAGUCUCCGCUAACGCAGGAAAGUUGCCUUUACAUUUCAAUCAAACUGGAACGCUGAAUUUCCGCGAUACAGAUUGAAUAGCACCCUUAAUUAGAGGAAGUAUUACUAUUUAUUUACUAAGAACUAAGAUGUGACUCCUCCACCAGUGGAAUGAGCUGUGGCAGAACUGAAAUGUAUUACAUUAAUAAAUAAGCCCUUACAUGUUCUACAGCGCCUUCAGAAAGUAUUCCCACCCUUAUACUUUUUACACAUUCUGUUGUGUUAGAGCCUGACUUUAAAAUGGAUUACAUUUAGAUUUUGCGUCACUGGCCUACACACAAUACCCCAUAAUAUCAAAGUGGAAUGAUGUAUUUUUCAAAUUUUUUACACAUUAAUAAAAAAUGAAAAGCUGAAAUGUCUUGAGUCAAUACGUUUUGCUCAACAAGUCACAUAAUAAUUUGCAUCGACUCACUCUGUGUGUAAUAAUAGUGCCUAACAUGAUUUUUGCAUGACUACCUCGUCUCUGUACCCUGCACAUACAAUUAUCUGUAAGGUCCCUUAGUCGAGCAGUGAAUUUCAAACACAAAUUCAACCCUAAAGACCAGGGAGGUUUUCCAAUGCCUUGCAAAGAAGGGCACCUAUUGGUAGAUGGGUUUUAAAAAAAAGCAGUCAUUGAAUAUCCCUUUGAGCAUGGUGAAGUUAUUAAUUACACGCCAGGGUUGUGGGUUCGAUUCCCACGGGGACCAGUAUGAAAAAUGUUAUGCAGUCACUUAACUGUAAGUCGCUCUGGAUAAGAGCGUCUACUAAAUGACUAAAAUGUAAAAUGAGGAGGAAUAAUGGUCUGGGGCUGUUUUUCAUGGUUCGGGCUAGGCCCCUUAGUUCCAGUGAAGGGAAAUCUUAAUGCUACAGCAUACAAUGACAUUCUAGAUGAUUUUGUGCUUCCAACUUUGUGGCAACAGUUUGGGGAAGGCUCUUUUCUGUUUCAGCAUGACAAUGCCCCCAUGCACAAAGCAAGGUCCAUACAGAAAUGGUUAGUCGAGAUCGGUGUGGAAGAACAUGACUGGCCUGCACAGAGCCAUGACCUCAACCUCAUCAAACACCUUUGGGAUGAAUUGGAAUGCCGACUGCGAGUCAGGCCUAAUCGCCCAACAUCAGUGCCUGACCUCACUAAUGCUCUUGUGGUUGAAUGGAAGCAAGUCCCCGCAGCAAUGUUCCAAUAUCUAGUGGAAAGUCUUCCCAGAAGAGUGGAGACUGUUAUAGCAGCAAAGGGGGGUACCAACUCCAUUUUAAUGGCCAUGUUUUUGGAAUGAGAUGUUCGACGAGCAGGUGUCCACAUACUUUUAGUCCGUACUAGUCCGUACCAAUCUAGGUAGAUCCGCUUUCAGUUUUAAUGCCCCGCAUUCUUGGAAUAGCCUGCAGAACGCCACAACACUUUAAGACUAUUAUUAGAUGUGUUGAAUGAUAGUUGCAGUUGUUUUGAUUGAAUGAAGAGAUUGUUGUGGUUGUAAUGUUGAAAGUUGUAACUUCUAGUUUUUUGAGUGAUCAUUUUGUAUUGUUGUAUUGCUGUGCUCGGGUCACCUUUGAAAAUGAGACCUUGGUCUCAAUGGGUUUCUCCUGACUAAAUCAAAGUUAAAUCAAAUAAAUGUAUAGGUUUGUCUCUUCUAGGAGCAGAAACAGGUGGAGGACCCCAGUCUUAUAGGUUUGUCUCUUCUAGGAGCAGAAACAGGUGGAGGACCCCAGCCGGGAGGUGAAGAAGGUGAGGAAGGCCCGGAACCGUCGUCAGGAGUGGAACAUGAUGGCAUACGACAAGGAGUUCCGCCCAGACACCCGCCUCACGCCUUCACCCUACCAUGGCAUGUCCUCUGAGGGAUCCCUCUCUCCAGACAGGUCAGUAGGGAUGCACCGAAACAAUCAAUCAAUCAACCAACCAAUCAAUCAAUCAAUCAACCAAUCAAUCAAUCAAGGAACUUUUUAUGAUGUAUAAUAUGGUGAUAUGUGCAUCACUAAAUGUAAAUGUACCAAAGGAAUCUGCUCUCUGCUGCCAUCUACCUAAAAGUUUGAAAGCCUGCAUGCUCCUUAACCCUUUACGCUGAUGGGAAUUGGCCUAUAUGGAUAGGGCUAAAUUGAAAUGUUUCUUACAGAAUAAAUAUGAAAUGCAUAACCAUGGUAGCAAUUGAAAGAGAACAGUUUGGAGAUUAUGGAGGAAAACAAUGACCAAAGUUGAGGACACAACAGUUCGCCUGACACAGGACUGAAUCCAAACAUUACACUGUUGAUUUUAUGUGCAUUUUACAUUUACUGUACUUUUCGCCGCAUUUGUUGAUAACGAAAUCUGAAAAUGAUCUGGAUACAUUCAGUAACAUGAUAAGACUAUUCCUGGAAAAUGUGGGGUAGGUGCAACAUAAGAGAAAAGAAUGACAAGGGUUUGAGUGAGAGGACUAACUGGUGUCUCCAAGUGGCCACACACCUCUCCAAAGUGUGGACAGUGCUUAAGUCAUUUCAAUGCACUUUUAUGACUCAAAGAAAAAGGUCUUCAACUAUAAGGUACUUUUUGUUGCUCUCCUAGCUGUGCCGUUGAGGAACUAGAGCAAGAACACCUGUAGUUCUCUUUGGAACACAUCCCUGCAUCCCCGCCAUCACACAAUUACUGUUGUUGUUUACGCAAUCCAAAAACGGCCCAUUAUAAAUUGCAAUCUGGGUCUGAUUUAGAGAACAUCAAGCAGUGAGACAAGCUUGUUCUAUUACCAACAUGUCUAGAUAAGUUAUAAGUACAAUCUUACAGUGCUAGGCUUUCACAGGGCAAUUCAGAGAAACAGAGCGUAAUUUGGGUGCGCAUAGAAAGGAGUCAUGCGUGCAUUCAGGUGCGUGUUCCACAGCGAAUUUCCUUCACAAUAGACAAACAGGCUCAUUCUGUUCAGAACAACCCAGGGUAUGACACCAUGUCAUCUUGGAACUGUACAUCAAUCAUAGUGAUCAUAAACUUUGACACUGUAUAUGACAUGUGUUUUAUGAUAUGGAAAUGUGAAGUGCACAUUUGGACUCAUGGGUGUUUGGCUUGCUUGUAUGACAUCAAAACGGUAUUUAUUAGUCUCAUCUUUCAAAAUACAUCGAGUCCUCUUAAUUUACAGCAUUUCCCUCACUCAAACAACAAAAGAUGUUGCAAAAGUUGCCCAAUUAGCAGGAGGGAUGGGGUCAACUUCUUUUGUUCAGAACAGCUGUCAGUCAAAAUCCAUACAGCGCUGUGAAGCAUAGAGCCUGAGCUCUGACGUCAUUUACUGUGCAGCCACUGCUUUCCAAUUUAGCUGCUUAUAAGUGCCCAAAUCUGCAAUUUUAAAGAACUACCAUGUAAUAUUGUAAAUUGUACUCCAGCAAUACUAUGAUGUUUUAAUACUAGGCGCCUUGGUUUUAGAUGACACAUCGAUUCUUUAAGACCUCCAUUGGCAUGAGACUUAAGUGUAUGUUAAAAGUCUUUGAUGAUCCCUUGCUCCUCAUCAACCUCUAUCUGUGGUUUAAAUGUUCCAGGUCUGGUAUGUCUGAUGAGCUGUCCUACCCUGCCAGCCCUAACCACCCACCCCAAGAGGGAGCUGUCUUGGGUCCUGAUGGGAAGGAGCACCUGACAGGCCCCAACCAGACCCAGUCUCUGGACCGGGCCUACCGACCCCCUGCCGCCGGCACCGCUGCAGCCCAAGGCCGCCAGCACUCCCUGGGCCGCGUGCAGUCCCACCACGGACCCACACCCACAGACCCCUCCUUGAACGGACCCCGGCCUGCAGCUGCCAAAGAGGCUAGGUGUGUAACUGGCUACCCCUCUCAUCUCUCGUCUCGUCUCCCCUCUCAUCUUUCGUCUUGUCUCCCCUCUCAUCUUUCGUCUCGUCUCCCCUCUCAUCUUUCGUCUCGUCUCCCCUCUCAUCUUUCGUCUCGUCUCCCCUCUCAUCUCUCGUCUCGUCUCCCCUCUCAUCUUUCGUCUUGUCUCCCCUCUCAUAUUUCGUCUCUCCUCUCAUAUCUCCUCUUGUCUCUCCUCUCAUAUCCCCUCUCGUCUCUCGUCUCAUCUCUCGUCUCAUAUCCCCUCUCGUCUCUCCUCUCAUAUCUCCUGUCAUCUCUCGUCUCGUCUCUCCUCUCAUAUCCCCUCUCGUCUCUUGUCUCUCGUCUCGUCUCUCGUCUUGUCUCUCCUCUCAUAUCCCCUCUCAUAUCCCCUCUCGUCUCUCGUCUCAUAUCCCCUCUCAUAUCCCCUCUUGUCUCUUGUCUCAUAUCCCCUCUCAUCUCUCCUUCUCUGAGUACGUUUCUGCUACUGUAUCUAAGUUGAAUUAAAGUCUGAAAGCCCAUUCUAUCUACAGUAAAUGCCACAGGCAUAUAUUUGAUUCUAAUGUAAAUGAUGUAGUGCUGGACAGGCCCUGUCUGACUUGGUUGGUUUUCUGUCAUUGUUCCACAGUGGUCACCAGAUGCCAGAGCACUUUAUCCCUCCGGCCCCGCCCCCACCUCCUCCCCUCAUCCCCUCAGCCCAGACGGCCUUCGACAGCACAGCAGGGCCCCCCACCCUGGCCCCUGGCAAUGUGGCCGCCCUGUCCCGCCCCUACAGCCCCUCACCCCCUCCACCCCCACCCGCCGGCUACUUCCCCUCUCCAUCCCACCCUGUCACUGGGGGACCCCCUGUUGCCCCUCCUCCACCCCCACCUGGUGGCCCGCCAACAUUCGCUCCUUCCCCAGCCCAUGCCAUGCACCCCUCUGGGGGCACACUGCCAAGGAAGGGCAAGGUGCUAGGCAUCCCGAUAAGCGACGCACGCAGCGACCUCCUGUCAGCCAUCCGCAGAGGUGAGACCCUAUGGUUCACUAGGUGGAAGGGCCAGGAUUAUACAGCAUGAUAUGUCUACAUUACUGUACAUGGAAAGAUAGCCCAGCUACUAUACUAGUAACAUAUAAUUACAGUAGAGAAAGUAUCUUUUGACGGUUGUAGUGUAAUCAGUAGAUGACCGUUGUGUUGUGUCCUCAGGGAUCCAGCUCAGGAAGGUUCAAGAGCAGCGUGAGCAGGAAGCAAAGAAGGAACCGGUGGGGAACGACGUGGCCACCAUCCUGUCCCGACGCAUCGCAGUGGACUACAGCGAAUCAGACGAGGACUCGGAGCCUGAGGAGAAUGAGUGGUCAGACUGA